AUGAAUACUAAAAAUAACAAGUCACAACAAAUUCUUCCGAGAAUAAGAUUUCACCCCCUUCCAUCUAUAUUAGUCCCACCUUAUGUUGGAUUUCACCCCCUUCCAUCUAUAUUAGUCCCACCUUAUGUUGGAUUUCACCCCCUUCCAUCUAUAUUAGUCCCACCUUAUGAUGGAUUUCACCCCCUUCCAUCUAUAUUAGUCCCACCUUAUGUUGGAUUUCACCCCCUUCCAUCUAUAUUAGUCCCACCUUAUGAUGGAUUUCACCCCCUUCCAUCUAUAUUAGUCCCACCUUAUGUUGGAUUUCACCCCCUUCCAUCUAUAUUAGUCCCACCUUAUGUUGGAUUUCACCCCCUUCCAUCUAUAUUAGUCCCACCUUAUGUUGGAUUUCACCCCCUUCCAUCUAUAUUAGUCCCACCUUAUGAUGGAUUUCACCCCCUUCCAUCUAUAUUAGUCCCACCUUAUGAUUGA